AUGUCUCGUCUGGGAUCAGGUGGUCGUUCAUUCCUCGAUGAGUUAUUAUCAGAUGAUGUCACUGAUAAGCCAAUAAAUACAUCGACGAAAAGAAAAUCCGUCAGAUUUUCGGACAACGAUGAAAACUCUUCUGAUUUUUUUACCACAAAUACAACAUCAGUGACACCGAAUCGGUCGACAAUAUCGUCAUCAAAAGAUGGUCAGAAAAACAUCGAUCCAUUGGAGUGGCCGACAAAUGAUGGGUCAAAUGCAUCAAAAUCAUCUACAAGACAGAAGACGAGCAAAUCUGAUUGGUUGGGAUUAGACAGCGAUGAAGAAAUGAGUCGAGGCUUUGUACAAUCAGCUCAACCAUCCGUAACGAGAUCUGUCAGUAAUGAUUGGCUUAACACUGGACUCAACUCUAGAAAGAAUAGACCAUCAAAUGAACCAUUAAAGCCAUCAACUGAUCUUAACAAUGAAAAAAGUGACGACAAUUCAUGGCUUUCAAUACGAAAGAAAGCCGAAGAAUCCAAAAUUAAAUCCGACGAACAAAUAGAUGAACAAAAAGAAACUAAAGAUCAAAGAAAUGACAACAAAAAUCAGUCAAAUGAUAUAUCUAUUAACAAAACAGUGAUCGACUCCACGACUCCAGUGAUUAGCAAUACGACUGUCCAUUCAGUUGCAAAUAUUCAAUAUUCAGAUCCAGUGCUCCUCUCAUCCAAUACUGUGGACAAUACGUCGUCAGUAAUGCUUUUACAAACUCAAUUAAGGAUUCAAGAAGAAAGAGAUCGAAGAAUUAAUGAUUUGAGAACACAAUUAAGUCAAUGUGAAAAAGAUAUGACAGAUAUUAAGCAAAGAAAUAAUGAAAGAGUGGAUUAUCUCGAGAAUGAAUGGCAAAGAGAGGUCCAGAGGUUAAAGGAAAUACAUUCGAGUAGUAUUCAGAAGAUUAAUGAAGAGCACGAACACGACUUGACUAGGAUUAGGAAAAUCAAAGAACAAGAGAUUGAAUCCGUGAACGCACUCCAGAAUCACGGAUUGUCUUUACAGUCACUUCUGUCCAAAUGGGAGAAGAGUGCCCAACAAAUUGAAGAUUUACACAAAGAUGUUAUCGCAAAACAGGAAGAAAUACUUAAACACAAAUUAAUAGACAUCGACCUCAAGAAUAAACGUAUGGAUGAAGUUGAAGUCAACUGGCAUUCACUGAUCAAUGAACUUCAAUUGGAAAGAAGUCGCUGUAGUGAUGAACAAAAACGAUUGCAGGAACUGAUUGAACAACAAAAACAUUUAAUACAAAAUGAACAGAAGAGACUGAUUGACGAAAGAUUAGAUUUAGAAACCAAUAGAAAACAGUUAAACGAAGACAGACUUACAUUUGAUGUCGAAUAUAAUAAAUUUAAGGAUAAUAUGACUAAAGAAAGCCAACUCUUAGCUGAAGACCGAAUCAAAGUUAAAGACGAGUUAAUUAACUUAGAGAUCAAACGAAAUGAAUUAAAUCUCAAAGAAUUAGAAUCUCAACAGAAUUUUAAUAAAGAAAAAAAUGAAAUAAAAUUGUUAUUUAAAGAAAUUGAAGACAAAAGAAAUGAUUUACAUAAACAACAGACUGAAGUACAAUACCAUCGAAUGACAAUCCAAAGUGAACAACACUCGUUGGAACAAAAGAAACUCAUGUUUGAUAUGGAAAGAAAUAAAAUGCAAGACUUAGCUCAAGAAAUUGCCAAAAGAGCCGAUGAGUUGGAAAAUUUGGGACAAAUUGCUUUGCAAGAGAAACGUGAGGGACAUAUGGCUAUGGAUGAGGCGGAAAGGUUUAGACAAGAAUUGGACUCAAAACUUAAAUUCAUUGAAACAAGUUUUGCCAAAUUAAAGACCGAUGAGGAAAAAGUCUAUCAAAUGAAAGUCAAAGUCGAACAAGAAUUAGAGUAUAUUAAAGAAGUUAAAGACAACAUUGUUUGCAGUUUAUGCUCUUCGGGUUUAAAUAGAGUAAAACUAAACAAAGGAAUUAAUAAAUCAUCACAAGAUUUGCCAAUUUUUUCGUCAUUUUAUGGACUCAAUAAUCAAUGGCCCACUUUUCAAGACGACAGAUCUCUACUGAUUUGGCAGAUCACUGGACAACAGGACGCGGCUCUUCUUGAACAAGAAACGGCUUUCAUUAACGGCAUUCGGACACAAUCUCAGGUCACUUCGGGACUGCCUUUUCAACAAAAUGAUUAUUUCAUUAAUUGAAACCUAUUAUACAAACUUCAGUUUACAAUAUUUAUAGAUUUAUUAUACAUAUAUUUGAUAACUUUUGCACAAAAUAAUACUCA